CCGGAUAAUUGCGCGACACAUCUUCUGAAUAUAAAUUCACAAACACGCCCUUACCUGCGCCUUUUGUGUCUGCCAUCUGCAUAAAGAAGUGAGCGUAUUUACAGCUAAUGUGCUAGCCGCUUGGCCACACAAUGGCUAACAGCAGAGGGAGCGUCACUUGUCAAAGGGAUCACCGUGCCUGCCUCUCAAUGACGAAACAGAUCCCAGCCGCCGUGCACGAUCAUUCAAUGCACGGUUUGGAUUCUUUUCAUAUUUCUUACAUUUAAAUAUGAAAUACAAGCCCCGACGUUGUUUCACUUCAAAGUUAUUUUUCUCGACGGAAAACGUCACAGUAACUUCCUCUUCGUUGAUCUAUCUUACAAAAACGUACUAGCUAGACUGAAAUUAAAUUAAUUCACUUUAUAUGUAUAUGUUAUUUGUUUUACAUUACUAAUGUAUAUAGUUUUUAACUUUUAGAGGCCGGGUGUGAAAGCGUCCAUCUAGUUAAUAAAACGGGCAGAACGUUGUACAUGACUCCCGGAAAUGACGGAGAAACUAAUGCACCACUUCCGGGUUUGGAUGCGCUCGAGACUGGUCGUACUCGUAGCAACACAGCUUUCCUUGGUAGCUUAAUUUGUCUUUUCGCAGCUUUUAUCCCAGAUAUUAGUCCGGGAUAGUCGCUUGAGCCAUGCCGCAGUUCAACCGACUAAGUCCCCGGAGUCCUCGACACCGUCGAAGCCGCACUCCUCGCUCCCGCAGCCCCAGCCGAGAUGGGAGUUUGUCUCCGGACAGCUUCGGGCCCAAACCACCGAAGCCUCGUAACAGGGAGCGCGAACGAGAGGAGAGGGAGCAUCGACUCAGGGAGGCCAAAACUAUUAAACGGUUCCGAAUCGGGAGCCCCCGCCGCAGUCGAUCCCGAUCCAGAGAGCGGCACACGGGCAGCGGCGGUGUUAACCACAGUCGCUGGGCCGAGCAGAAGGACGCUCCGUGGAGGCACGGUGGCUUCAGAGACGACUUUUACUACGACCAGCAGAGGGACGACGCCCACAGACAGAGACAAGAGGAAUUAAUGGCGAGGCGGCUGCAAGAGCGAGAGAGAAUUGGAGAGCAAGGCUGUCCCGAAGUGUGGGGAUAUUCUCCCAGAGUAAAAGAAGAAGACUCUGAUGAAUUUACACCAGUCGAAGAAAAUGAGAAAAAUGCCAGCUCAGGGUCUGAAGACGAGAAAAGGAAAAAAAAGAAGAAAUCCAAGAAGAAAAAACGCAUGAAGAAUUCAGACAGCGGUUUGGACUCAGACUCAGAUGAGGACAAGGUCAAGAAGAAGAAAAAGAAGAGCAAGAAGUCCAAAAAGUCCAAGAAGAAGAAGAAGAAGGCCAAGAAGAGCCGCAAGACGUCGAGCGAGUCCAGCAGUGGCGAGUCUGAGGAGGAGGGAGAGGAGGAGGACCCCAACGAGGUGACGUGGGUUGAGAAAACGUGCACGGAUGAACACCUGGUGGGACCCGAAGCUCCGCUCACUCACCUGUCUCAGGACGAACGACCCCUAGAUUUUGGUCAUGCUCUCCUACCGGGAGAAGGUGCCGCAAUGGCGGAAUACGUGAAGGCCGGAAAACGUAUUCCGAGGAGAGGAGAGAUCGGCCUCACCAGUAACGAGAUUGCAGAUUUUGAGAAGUCGGGCUACGUCAUGAGCGGCAGCAGACAUCGCCGCAUGGAGGCUGUACGUCUGAGAAAGGAGAACCAGAUCUACAGUGCCGAUGAAAAGAGAGCGCUGGCCUCCUUCAACCAGGAAGAAAGACGCAAAAGGGAAAGCAAGAUCCUGUCCAGUUUUCGAGAGAUGGUCUACAGGAAGACCAAAGGAAAGGAGGACAAGACUUAACUGCUGUCAGUUAAAGUGCAGUGCCUUUUUACAGAUGGAAAUGGCAUUUGGAAGUAAAUACGGAUUUCAUGUUGGGAGUCCACUCCGACCAGCUUGUUUUGGAACAAUAGACCCAUUUUUGUCAUAUUGUUACUGUUUUUUGUGGCCUACUUAAAGCCAUGUUAAUAAAAUUUCUUUCAACUACCAA